AUCAUGUCACAGAUAACAUGCAGACCGCGAACUGUACUUAGGCCCUACAUGACCUAGACUGUCUGUAUCGAAAAUAAUUUUCCGACCAUCGAUCGUUCGAUUGUGAGGCCUGCGAGCUGCGUACACAUACAUGAAUUGGAGGAUGCAGAGAUAUAGCUCUGUAGAAAAAGCUAUGCAUUUAAGAGGAGUCAGCACCUGAAUGUCUGUGAUGACUAUGGUCAAGUUUAUACAGGGCUCUGCAGGGAUGGGUCCUCAGUUGUUAUGGAGAUUUGCAGCAUUUACUGCAGUUUUAGGACUUGUGUGGACUCAAACGACGCCAUCAGCCUUCAUCACAGAUUGGAAGCCUGGUUCACCGACCAAGUCAAUUCAAAUGGCAACACCCAUGUCAUCGAAUCUGACUACUAUAAUGUCCGUAGUGGUGGAGACAAAUUCUACAGAGACAGGUGAAAUGAAAAAUGAGACAUUAAGCACAACUAAGUCCUGGAAUACUUCUUCACUGACAACCUUGCUCACAGCAGCAACAACUGAACCAUCCCUGACAACGGUUACCAUGGCAAUGACUGCAGUAACCACUCCCAGAGAGCAGACAACACUUAAAAUGACACCAAUGCUAUCCAAGCAGACAACUACACGUACAAAGCACCAGGAUUCAGUUCCCAUGGCAGCAACUCAAAGGAGUGACCUUGUGACCUCAACAGGCAAAAUGGUUCCAGCUGCAGGUGGUAAUUUGGCUCUGUACCUUCUCCUGCCCCUGAUCAUUUUUGCAGGAGUUGCUUUACUGGUUAUGAUUGUCUCAUAUCUGAGGAAAAGAAUCAGACUGGACAAGCUUAGGCAUCAGCUCUUACCACUCUACAACUUUGACCCCCAAGAAGGGGAAGACUGGGAAACGGAACUCUUGACAGAUCCUAGGUCAAGUAGUCAGCCGUCACACAGCACAACAAAGCCAAAGUCCACAACUGCUAUUGCCGAGAUACCAAAGUUACGCUUCUCACCUGACACCGUGGAUGUCUAAAAACACAUUGUAAAAGUACCUGUCAUGGAUAUCAUCCCUGAGCCAACUUGGCACAUGUAUGUUCCAGCGAAUAGUACUAACAAAUCAAUAUGUGUAUAAGAUGUACUGAUUACUUGAGCUAUCAUUUUUUAUCACAUUGUCUAUGAUCAGUAGGCUUGCCUGAUAAUAAAGUAGCACUUUGUGUAUAAAAUGAAAACAAAUACUGUCUUUGACAGGCAGAUGUUGAGAACUUUGACUUCAAUAAGCAAGGGACCUAACAAAUGGACAAAUCUUUCCAAAUACAAAUACUUGCAUGAACUGUGUACCUUUAGCUUCUAUUUUGACAUUUACCCCAUUAGUUUCCUUUAUUUUGUGUUUUUAGGACAGUUUUAAACAAAUUUUAUAUGACUACUACCACCUGACCACUCUGUAAAUUUCUUGGUAAAAUGUGAAAACUGUUUUCCCCCAUGUAUAGGAGUCUUGCCAUUUGUAAUCUAGAUGUAGAUGUAAAACAGUGCAAUGUAAAAAUGCAUGCUGAGAAUGGCUGCGUAUUUAAUUCAUACACCUACAUGUUUAAGUGUGCUGUGUUGGAUAUGUGUUCCACAUUUACUUUUCAAGGUUUGCAAUUCCUUGAAAAUAUUGUCUUUGUGCUACCUACCCUUUCUUAUACACAUGUAUGUACGUAUGUCUUUUCAGUCAAAAUUAUACAUGUACAUGUAUGUAUGUACUUUUAUUUAUUGAUGUUGUAUUCUAUCAAUGUAUAGUAUUCAAUAAAUUGUUGAAUAUCAUACUCAAUUAUAGUUACUUUAUAAAUGUACAAUCUGGAUUUUUCAUGUUAUUGUGUGGUUAAAGCACUUUAAACUAUUUUUACCUGUAACUGUUGUUAUUAAUCUGUUUCACCCAUUGAUCAAGUGUAUAGUUACUUUUUAACAGUACAAAGCUAAGAAGAAUUUGUAAAAUCUGUUUUGCAUGAUGAGCAACAAAGUUAGCGAUGCUUACGUGUAUAGAGCUGCAAGUUUGUUUUCCUUUUAGCCGGAUGCAUUGUGUAAACACAGACAUCUCAAAGAUCAUGGACAGUCUUCAGUGCAUCAAGGCCUUAAACUUUACCUAGGAUUUAUCUAAUGAUGACAGCCAUGAAAUACAAUACAUGCACCUUGAUUGUUAUGCUUGUAAGGAAUGACCUUCAUGUACUUUAAUAAGUAAGGUACAUAGUAGUGUUGCAGACUGUCACUUCACAAUUUGCUAAAUGGCAAAUACCGGUACAUGUACACUUUGGUUAUAAUCCUAAGCGAGUGGCAAAAACACUGCAUAAAAAAGCAGUUGGUUGAAAGGAUGUACAUUUAGCUAAAAUGCUGGCUGUUAUUUAGAAUUGUUAGCUGGGAAUCCUGGAUGGCUUCAGGCUGUGUAAUGGUAGCUCACAUUAUAAAAAAAAAAGUGAUUAUAAAGACGAACAAAGAAAUUGACUGGAGCUGGAUUUGAACCUGCAACCUCUGAAACAUCGUACCAGUGCUCUAUCAACUGAGCUACCCAGGCCUAUGUUGGUGGCUCUUCCCAAUUGUCAAUGUCUCUGUUCAGGGGGUGCUGGCCAGGAGCCAUUUAACCUGAAACACCACGUAGCCAGGGAUCACACCCCAAUUACACACGAUACAACCUGGGAAGUGGUGAAGAGGGAUCAUUCAAAGAGGAUACAGCUUUUUGAACAUAAAUAGCACUGGUACGGUGUUCCAGAGGCCGCAAGUUCAAAUCCCUCUCCAGUCAAUUUCUUUGUUCAUCUUUAUAAUUGUUCAUAAGCACCUAGUCAGUUUCCCGAUAUGAAUUGUUUCAUGAUCUAUAAAAAAAAGUGUAACAGUUCAUGAAAUUCCAAAGUAGCAUCAAAGUCUGUGUCAAGUGCUAAGCCUUUGAAGGACGUACAAUGUAAGAAUUUUUUUUCCAAUUCUUGCCUCUGUAGGUAGCAGUGAAUCCUCUCUUUUUUAUGCAAAUAUUCAAAACUUGUCUACUGAAGUCAAGGAUUAAGCACAACAAACUCCCUGUUGAAGAGUUAAUGCUAAUUUAUUCACCCUGAUAAAUUACAGCCUCAAAUAUAGCACCAACUACUAAAAUGUGUGUAAUGAUUUUUUCUCCUUCCAUUAUGUACUGGUACUUUGCUUGAAAUGGUGUUACAUGUACUGUGCAUUGUAAAGAAAAGGGUGCUUAUUUUGAAAACCUCAUCCUUGAUAACUUCAUCGCAAGUGUAGAAAUCUGCUAAAUUAUUCUGUAACUAGUUAGAAUAAUGUAGUAGAUACCGCCAAACACACUUGUCUAUCCAUGCAUCACUGCAUUAGCUUUUCUGGUUUUAAUUUUUAAAGUUGCAGUUCAUUUUAAUUUGUACUGAAAUGCAACUUGCAUGUUGUGGUCACAGAAGAUUUUUUGAAAAUAGGAAAUUGCUCUCACCAACAGCAUGGAACUUUGACAGAUUUUUGGUUUUAAAAUCUGGAUACAAUUUGGAAAUAAUUUACGUGUAUUUACUGCAAUGCAUAUAAAAGAACCAAAGCAUUUACAGGGUUUACUUGUGCAGGAAUAUAGCAUUUAAUUACAUGUAAAACACCAAAUAAACAGGGCAUGCAAAAAACAACCACACUUGUAAAUUUUUGUUUUAAUGAAAUAUAAACAAGUGCAUUAAAUUUAA